AGGAUGCCGCUGGGGCUGAAGCCCACGUGCAGCGUGUGCCGCAGCACCUCCUCCUCCAUGUGGAAGAAGGGCGGCCAGGGCGAGAUCCUCUGCAACAACUGCACGGGCCGCGCCGGGCCGCCCGGGCCCUUCGCCACCACCUCGGCCGCCGCCCAACACAGCAACGGGGGCGGCGGCAAGCAGAGCAAACAGGAGAUCCACAGGCGGUCAGCUCGGCUGCGGAACACAAAAUACAAAUCUGCUCCGGCUGCGGAAAAGAAAGUUUCCACUAAAGGCAAAGGGAGAAGACACAUCUUCAAGUUAAAAAAUCCCAUCAAGGCUCCUGAGUCCGUAUCCACUAUAAUUACAGCAGAAUCCAUCUUUCAUAAGGGAGUGUACUAUCAAAUUGGAGAUGUUGUUUCAGUGGUUGAUGAGCAGGAUGGAAAAACAUACUAUGCUCAGAUUAGGGGGUUUAUUCAGGACCAAUACUGUGAAAAGAGUGCAGCUUUAACAUGGCUCAUUCCUACUGUAGCCAGUCCCAAAGACUCUUUUGACCCUGCAUCCUAUAUCAUAGGACCAGAAGAAGAUCUUCCAAGGAAAAUGGAAUACUUAGAAUUUGUUUGUCAUGCACCUUCAGAAUAUUUCAAAUCUCGAUCAUCUCCCUUCCCCACGGUUCCUACUAGACCAGAAAAAGGCUAUAUCUGGACUCAUGUCGGACCUACUCCUGCAAUCUCCAUCAAGGAAACUGUUACCAACAAUUUAUAAUCUUUGUUUGAGUUCCCUUUAAAAGUAUAUUAGUUGUAUUCUCAGUCUCCAUCUGUACAUCUAUUACAAGAAAUUAGAACUUUUUUAAAUAAAAUAUUUGGUUGGCCACAUG